GGUCAUGAUAGCAAACCUAGUACAUUCAAUAACCUUGGCCUGUCAUUCAUUCGUCGAUUCGAACGUCUGGGAAACAUCGUUGACAUUGAGAAGGCCAUCUGUGCCCAGCAAAAGGCUAUUGCGCUCACAGACGACGGUAAUAGGGAAAAACCUCGUAUGCUCGCAGACCUCGGAGCAUCAUUUAUGCGUCGAUUUCGGCGGCUGGGAAACCUCGUCGACAUUGACGAAGCCAUUCUGAUCGAAAAGCAGGCUGUUGCACUGAUUCCUGAUGCUCAUAAAGACAGGCAUAGUAUGCUUGAAAACAUCGGACUAUCAUUCGCUUGCAGAUUCGAGAGGUUGGAAGAUCUCAGCGAUAUACGGGAGGCAAUUCAUUUUCAACAGCAGGCACGGGCAGUCGAACUUACACCUGACAGUCAUACAGACAAACCUUCCAAGCUUGGUAACCUCGGUAUUUCGUUGAGUUGUCGUUUUGACCGUUUGGGUAAUAUUGAAGACAUUGACAAGGCCAUCAAUGCUCAAGAGCAGGCUGUUGCGCUUACUCCCGACGGUCAUGCCGACAAGCCUAGUUGGCUUAGUAGCCUUGGAGGGUCACUCACUAAUCGAUUUCAGCGCUUGGGAAACCUCGUCGACAUCGACAAAGCCAUUUCUACUCAUCGGCAGGCUGUUUUACUGACACCUUACGGCCAUGCAGACAAGCCCGGUAGAAUCAUGAAUCUUGGGCAUUCACUUACCUGUCGAUUUGAGCGUCUGGGGGAACUCGUCGACAUUGACAAGGCAAUUCAUGCGCAUCGACUGGCUGUUGCACGCACCCCAGAUGAUCAUGCUGGCAAGCCAAGCAUACUCAGUGCUCUUGGGCAGUCAUACAAUUGUCGAUUCCUGCGUCUGGGUCACCUGGUGGACAUUGACGAGGCCCUUUCAAUUCAGCGUCGGGCUGCUUCCCUGACGCCCGAUGGACACGCAAACAUGCCAAAUAUGCUGAACAAUAUCGCGGUGUCACUCACUGGGAGGUACAAGCGUUUGGGGAAUGUCGUUGACCUCGAUGAGGCCAUUUCUACUCAGAAACAAGCGGUCACAAUGAUCCCCCAUGGUCAUGCAUACAAACCCGCUUGGCUGAAUAAUCUCGCAGGCUUGUUCGCCUGUCGCUUUGAGUGCUUAGGAUUUGCCACCGACAUUAACGAUGCGACUUCAACCUAUCGGCAAAGCGCACACUUAUCCGUGGGUCCUCCACAACAAUUGUUCAAUGCGGCUCUCAAUUGGAGCCGAACCUUUUAUAAGGCACACAAUGAACACUCACUAGAGGCAAAUGCAUCCAUUAUUGAAUUGAUACCACGUAUCGUCUGGCUCGGAACGGGUGUCUCCCAGCGUUAUCAAAACAUCUCUCCAAUAGGAAAUGUGGUCAUUGAGGCAGUGGCGGCCGCUAUAGAACUGAACAAACCUGAUACUGCAUUGGAAUGGAUUGAACAGGGGAGGUCUAUUGUAUGGGGGCAGAUUUUGCGCUUGCGUAGCCCUUUGAACGAUGUGAAAUUGUCAUCGAGACCAGAGUUAGCCACGGAGUUGGAGCAAGUCUCUCAACAACUAGAGCGAGCAGGCACCGAAGAAUUUCUCACCAUAGAAGCAGUCAACUCGGAGACUGAAGUUUCACCAGAAGACGAAGCGCAGAAACAUCGCAGGUUGGCUGAACGAUACGACCAACUGCUUGAAGAGAUUCGUUGUAUCCCUGGAUUCGAGCACUUUAUGAAACCUAAGCAACUGUCCUACCUUCGUGAUGCCUCCGAGCGAGGCCCAGUCGCCAUCAUUAACGUCCAUAAUACGCGGUGUGAUGCACUCGUUGUCAGAGACCCCAGUUCCCAUGUCUUACACAUUUCUCUUCUAGAUCUUUCGCUCGACGACACACAUAAAUUGAGACAGCAAUUCGUCAGCUGUCUAGCACAGGCGAAGGUUCGUGUCCGUGAAAAUCUCGAAGAUAGCGAAGGACGUGCAGAUCGGCCGCAUGAUCCACACGGUCUCCCAAGAGUUCGAAUGGAGUACAUCCUAGGAGAACUAUGGGUCAAGGUGGUGCAUCCCGUACUUGACGCUUUGUGUUUCAAGUCAUCAUCGGACUCAACAGCACUUCCCCAUAUAACCUGGUGUGCCACAGGGCCACUCGCAUUUCUCCCUCUUCAUGCCGCAGGACACUACAACAGACCGGACGGGCCACGAGCUUUUCAAUAUGUCGUAUCUUCCUACACUCCGACUAUCGCUGCGCUCGUGGAAGCCUUGAAAAGGCCUGAACAAUUGAACCCCAGCAUCCUAGCAGUAUCGCAGCCCAACUCCCCUGGGUACUCUGAUCUUCCGGGCACCCGCCAGGAGGUACAAGCAAUCGAAAGCUGCGCCGAUGGACUGAGCUUGAAUUGGCUUGACGGAGCUAGUGCUACAGUUGAUGCCGUCCUCGAAGCAAUGGCACAAAGCAGCUGGUGCCACCUCGCCUGUCACGGGGUUCAAGACCCCACUGAACCAACGAAGAGCUCUUUCGUUUUGCAUAACGGCCGUCUCGAUCUGCAUACAAUGAUGUCAAAGUCCUUCAAAUCUGCGGAAAUAGCGUAUCUGUCCGCCUGCCAGACGGCCAAAGGAGACGAAGAACGGCCGGAAGAAGCGAUACAUCUGGCGGCGGGCAUGCUCUUGGCUGGAUACAGAACAGUCUUUGCCACGAUGUGGUCCAUUGGAGAUAGAGAUGCACCUAUUGUUGCGAGGGAGGUAUACUCGCACAUGCUCAAGAGCUCCCAAAUGGGGAGAAGACGGCAGGCGGCAUAUGCGCUGCAUCACGCGGUGGGAGUUCUUCGAGACAAGGUUGGCGAGGACGCGUUUGUGCGGUGGAUGCCUUUCAUCCACUUUGGUGCUUGA